CAGAGUUCAUUCAGAUCGGUUCAGCUGGUGACCGAGGAGACUACUGUACACCUGGAAGGUUCUAGCUCUCACUCUUUCCUACAAGCUGCACACUUGUAGUAUUUUGUUUGGGAAUCGGUCUUGAACGAAUCUUUAUUGUCUAUCUCACAUGAAACCAAACGAGGUUUGGUGAAAUAUAGCAGCAUGAAGUCUGUCUUUUGUCUCCUAGUGCUUCUUCCAGCCGUCUUCAGUCUUACAUACACACCGGGGACAGAUACAUGUAAAGACAGAUGUAUUGAUCACUACGACCUGUAUAACUUAUGCCAAUGCACAGAGAACUGUGAAUUAUUCGGCGAUUGCUGUCUAGAUUUCUACGUUCACUGCGUCGAUCCACCAGUAGAUGAAGAUUCAUGUGAGGGACUGUGUGGUCUAUUCACAUCAGGAAAACCUUGCCAAUGCAACGACGGAUGUCUCGACUUUGGUGACUGUUGCGAUGACUACGACCAAUUUUGUGGUGGUGGUGGCGUAGAUCCCGAUUCAUCAUGCAAAGAUCGAUGUGGUAUUGGCUAUGACCCUGCUUUGACUUGUCAAUGUAACGACGAAUGCGAGUCGUAUAGCAAUUGUUGUGACGAUUACAAUGAGCAGUGUGUUGGGGUAGACCCAGACUUGACCUGCGUGGAUCGAUGUGGUAAUGGCUAUGACCCCGGUUUGCCCUGCCAAUGUAACGACCAGUGCGACCAAUUUGGCAACUGUUGUGACGAUUAUCAAGAUGAAUGUCUUCUAAAUGAUAAUUACUGUAAGGGUAGGUGUGAUACGGACUAUGACAGUGCUUUACCAUGUCAAUGUAACCUAGAGUGUCCCAACUAUGGUAACUGCUGCCCAGACUUCGACACGGAAUGUACAGCAUCUUGUGACGAACGCUGCGAUGACCCUUUUGAUAGCAACCAACCAUGUCAAUGUAACACUGCUUGUACAUCAAAAUCAGACUGCUGCCCAGAUUACAAUGAAAUCUGCCUUAACGGAACUGGACCUGUACCAAUCACUGAAGCAGAUAUCACUGAAUUAGCUGAAUCCUUGUGGACCCUUGAUGUCAAUAGGCUAAGCCCUGUAAACGAUUACGUCAUCAACAAACAAGCUCAAGUUGGAGAUGGUGACGAUGUUGAUAUGUCACCUGAUCCAUUUUUCACGAGCGUGAACGAGUCAGCUCUCUCUAGUCGCACCUACCAGGCGUUUAUUGCCCUUAUGGAUAACUACAUCUCUGAUACGCAAGCUUUUGAGAUUUACACUUUGGAAGAACUUGCCGAGAUCGAAGAGUUCCUCGACGCAAUCUUCGAAUCUGACGUCAUGUCAACAACCACGCAGUUCUUCAUCGACAAGGGUUGGUAUGAAAAUGAAGCCGAAUAUCGAGAAUGGGCCAAAGAAGUGUGGUUCGGUAACUACAGCAGAAAGCAAAGUGAUCAGAAUUUCGGUUCGUCAGGAUUUGAACACGUGUUUCUUGGUGAGACCAGAAGUAGUGGCGUGACGGGUUUCCAUAACUGGCUUCAGUUUUACUUCCAAGAAAAGGCGGGAGAUCUGGAGUAUUAUGGCUACGUGCGUGAGAACGAACCUAACCAGAAGGGACUUGCAUUCGUCUGGAAGAACGUCAAAAAGGAUUUUGGUUCUAUGAUAAUCGGUUCCAGUCCCGAAUUUGAAUUUGCCAUGUUUAGUGUCUGCUUCCGGGUCAAGGGAGGAGCCCAGUGCCCCUUCACACUUGACGGGUCGCCCACAAGGAUCCAGACUUACAACAUCCGGGAGAUCUACAUAGGAUCUGCUUACUUUAUCGUUUAGCUCAGAUUCUGGUGGUUAGCAGAUAACGUCAAAUAGAGGUGUCGUGGUUCAUUCAUUUGACUCACAGUCCAAGGUUUGAGGGAUCGAAUCACUCAAAAAUAAACUCUAAAUGUUAUAAUUAUUACUAUAUGAUCAUCUUUAUUAUUUAUAUUAUUAUUAUUACCAUUAUUCACAUUAUAAUUGUUAUUUUAAUCACAAUUAUCAUCAUCAUCGCUACAAUUACUAUUAUUAUAAUGUUUUUUUUUUCAUUAUUAUCUCUAUUAUUGUCGUAACGCAGCGGAUAGGACAGUCUUUAGUAGGCGUUAUAUUGGGGAUCCUGUGCAGUAGAAACUAAUCCAUGAUCCUAUUUCUUGAAACUUCUUAUCAAUAAAAAAAAUGCUCAAAUUAUAUAACAAAUUAGCUCUCAGUCACCCAGAUGCCAGUAGCUUAUAAAAGUUAUUAUUUUUACAACUUGUUAUUGAUAACAACUUGUUGAAUCAGGGCCCAGAUCCACUCGAAAAUAGUGACUCUUUUCAGAAUGGGUUCAAUUAUUUUCAGCGUGAGAGUGGAUUGAUUAAUCCCAAUAAAAAAAGUCUCUCUCUUUCUCUCUUUCUUUUUCUAAUGACAAAUUAUAUGUUAAACUAUGGACCUUAACGUGGCUUGUAAUGAUGGGUGGAUUUUCUAUGCACAUAAAGUUAUACUGUGUUAUUAUGCAAAUGAAGACAUGAGAAUUAUCAUGAAUUUGUACUUAUGUUAUUAUGAAAAUGUGUCGUUCUUUUAUAUUAAUGUUUGCAAAUUGUUUUAUCAGUAAUUUACAGCACACUGGUAAUAUAUAUUCCGCGAUUAUAACAAUAAGCUGAUGAUUGAAUACAAUGACUGCAUGGAUAAAGUUCUUUAAAGUGGUAUUAAAACAUAUAUAAAUCCGAA